AUGCCCAUUGGGGGACUGUGUAAGCAUUUUAAGCAUCUGUGGUCUUCUUAUGGCUGCUCUCUCCCCAAAUCAAUCCAGUUUAUUCAAGGAUCUUGUCUUUAUUUUAGGCUACUCAAAGAGCAUCUUGGAGAAAAAGAAGUUGAGUUGGCACUCAUCUUUGAUUCAAUGGUGGAGGCUGACUUGGCAAAUUAUACCUGCCAUGUGGAAAACCAAAAUGGACAAACACAUGCCAGUGUUCUGCUGCGUAAAAAGGAUAAUUUUAUCUACAAAAUUGAGCUUGCAGGAGGUGUGGAAACAAUCUUCCUCCUCCUUGUACUGCUCGUGGUCAUCUACAAAUGCUACAACAUUGAACUGAUGCUUUUCUACAGCCAACAUUUUGGAGGUGAUGUAAAUACUGAUGACAACAAGGAAUAUGAUGUUUAUCUCUCUUACAUAAAAGUGGACCAAGAUACUUUAGACUGUGGCAAUCCUGAAGAAGAGCAGUUUGCUAUUAAAAUACUGCCAGGUGUCCUAGAAAAACAUUAUGGAUAUAAACUCUUCAUUCGAAGAGACCUGAUUCCAAGUGGAACAUACACUGAAGAUCUCACAAGAUGUGUUGAGCAAAGCAGAAGACUUAUUAUUGUGCUAACUUCAGACUAUAUUCUCAGAUGAGGAUGGAAUAUGUUUGAAUUGGAAAGUAGACUCCAUAACAUGCUAAUCAGUGGAGAAAUCAAAGUGAUAUUGACUGAGGGUACAGAAUUUAAAAAGAAGGUGGAUUGCCAGGAAGUAGAAUCACUAAAGCACAGCAUCAGACUUCUGUCACUGAUCAAGUGGAAAGGACCCAAAAGCAGCAAAUUAAAUUCUGAGUUUUGGAAGCACUUAGUAUAUGAAGUGCCUAUCAAGAAAAAGAGGCUUUCUCAGUGCCAUGUUCUGGACUCUGCAGAACAAGAACUUUUUGGAGAACUCCAGCCUAUACCCUCUAUUGCAAUGACCAGUACCUUAGCCUCUCUGGAGUUUCAAGCUGAUUUCACUAAUUUCCACCGUUCAGGUUCAAUGCAAACGGUACACUGCUGCAGUCAUAAUAAAUACACGAUGCCAACCACCAUUUUUCCAAUACCUUCCUUAGGUGACAACCACGCUUAUUGUAACCUGCCUCUGACAUUACUCAGGGGAUAGCUACCCCUUAAUAAUCCCCUGAAAGAUACCCAGGAAUUUCAUAGAAAGAGUUCCCUGUUAUUGUUAUCAUACAAAGAGCUUAGCUUCACCAGUGAUAUUUGGUAGUGAAAAGUCUAACAUCCUCAGAACAGCUAUGUGAGUAUAAAGAAUUUCUGCUAUACCUAGCAUAAAGCAUACCUAAUAACAUUAAGGUGUUGAAAAAGUGUUUGAAGAAAAAGGCACAGAAAUUGAUUUGCUACUUCAAUGUAUUUUUUACAUUUUCAGAAUAGUGGGAGCAAGAAGGACCUGCUUUUGUUGUAUUGUACUUUGUUCCAAUGUACAAUUUUCAUCUCUCCCUGAAAAGAAAAAAAAAUCCUAUUGUUUUAGGGUAGGUUUUAUGAUACCAAAUGAAUUGCAAGCUAAAUAGGUGAGUUAUUUUCCACAUAUUUAUGAAUAUGUCAGCAUUUAUAUGGUAUUUGAAACGCAAAAUUUACAGACUUUUAUUGAAUUUGAAAAUUCUGAACUAUGUUUAUGAGAAAAGGAUAACUCUAUAGAGUAACUGACAAGAUCAGAAAUUAUCAAGAUAGAAGUGUUGAGGUACUCAAAUUAGAAGAGUGUUUGUAGAAGAAAAUUUAUUAAUAAAAAGUAUAAUUGAAAUGAUUAGAACAUCUUCAACAUAAUGGACAAUUUCUGUAGACUAAAUCAAUAGCUCUUAAUAACAGCUUUUACUUUUAUUAGGCAAACACAUACUCUGUAGACAAACUGGUAGGUAGGUAAACAACAUGCAUUUCUUAAGCAAAUGAAUAGACAGGCUAACUCUUUCAGAAUGAUUUUGAACAACCCCUAUGGCUUUUUAGUCUAUUUUUAAAGUUUUACAAAUUUGAAAAUGCAUUUUAAAAUAUGCAGCUUUCCAUUUGUUAACAAAUUCACAUUUGCAUUUUUCUCAAAUAAUCUUUCAAUCUUCUAUAAGCUUUAUAGCAAGAUGUGAGCAUCUUCCUACUUUUUUCAAUAUCUUUGGAGUUUGAAUUUAAAUAAAUAUUUACUGCACAUGUCAGCAGUUCAAAAGCAGUAAAACAACAAUAAUCACAGAUGAAGUGCUAAAUAAUUGAAGUAU